AUGGCGCCUCUUCUCGAAAUCGCAUGUUUCAAUCCUGAUUCCGCCAUUGCCGCUAUUGCCUCGGGAGCACACCGUAUCGAACUCUGUGACGACGCCGACCUAGGAGGCACAACACCCUCUGUGGCAUGGCUAUUGAGAAUCCGAUCCGAGGUCAAUAAUGGCAGGCAGAAACUGCACCCCGAGGAGAUUGCAAUCCCAAUCAACGUAAUGGUUCGUCCUCGAGGCGGGGACUUUGUCUACACUCGCGCCGAAUACGAGACGAUGAAGGAGACCAUUGCUACGCUCAAGGGCACGGGCAUCGUGGACGGUUUCGUGUUCGGGAUCCUUCGAGAGGACGGCACAGUCGACGUCGAGAAGACAAGGGAGCUCGUCACCCUCGCCUCCCCUUUGCCGUGCACAUUCCACCGCGCGUUCGACGAGGUAAAAGACCUCUCGCGGGCCCUGGAAGGCGUUGUGUCCUGCGGCAUCACGACGAUCCUGACGUCCGGAGGCGCCGCGAAUGCCGUUCAGGGCGCCGAGGUGCUGCACCAGCUUGUACAGCGUGCGGCCGGUAGAGUCACCAUCAUGCCCGGGGGAGGCGUGCGGUCUGCGAAUCUGGCACUGUUACACGAAACGAUUGGGUCUUCGGCGUAUCAUUCUUCGGCCCUGAUUGAUUCACAGCCCGUCGCCAACGCGAACGAAAUUCAGCUUAUGAUGGACAUUUUGCGGCCGGCGACAGGGUAA